GGGCAGCGCCAGCGGCUCGAGCGGCCACUCGUCGCCGUCGGCGCCCGGCUCGGACGUGUCGGCCUCCACCGACAACAUCGAGGAGGUGCGCCAGGACGCGCCGUUCGCAGGUCUGUACCGGGGCUCUGUGAUCGGCCUGCUGUCUGACGCGGCGCCGUUACCGGCCCCGCGCCGGCCCGACCGGCCCACCACGCUGCCCGCCUGCUACGAGAACGUGCGCAUGGCUUCGUCGACGCUCGGCGAUGGCGAGGAGGAGGGCGUGCUGCGCCGCGGCCGGCCGACCACCGGCGGCAGCGGCGGUGCCGGGGGCGACCAGCGCGUCUCCAGUCUGGUCAUCCUCAGCCCGUUCAACGAGCAGGAGGAGUGGAACAAGGUGUACGACAUCGUGGCCUCGUACGGCGACGACAUCAUGACCGAGAUCGACCAGGAGCUGCAGAGUCGGCGAGGCUACCAGGCGACGGCCGAGCCGGGCCGAUGCUCGUCGGGCGGCGUCUCCUCGCUGCUGCGCACGCUGGGCCUGGCGCGCCACGAGCCGGCGCUACGGCGGCUCGGCUUCGACGACGUCGACUUCGUGCGCGGCGUGCUGGAGGAGGCCGACCUGCUGGAGGCGGGCGUCGCUCAGCCAGAGGAGCGGCAGGCGCUGCUGACCGCCGCCGCCCAGCUGCCGGACGGGUUGGGCCGCGCGCGCCGCGAGGCGACCGUCGUCGAGACGGUCGCCGGCUGGCUGCGCGCACUUCGGCUCGACCAGUACGCCGACGUGUUCAGUCGCAGCCUCUACACGGACAUGCAGCGUGUGCGCAAGGUGUGGGAGAUGGAGCUGGUGACAGUGCUGGAGGUGACGAAGCCGGGACACUUGAAGCGCAUGCUGCUGUCGCUGCGGCCGCCGCCGGUCGAGGGCGAGGACGGGCCGGCGGCGCCGCCGGGACCGGACCCCGGCACGGAGCUGAGUGACCUGGACUCAACGCUGGCGCUGCUGCGGACGGAGAUGGAGCAGCUGCCGGUGUCGGAGGAGCGGGACCGCGACCAGGAGGAGUCGCUCUUCAAGGACUACACACUGCCGCGACCGACCUCCGCGCCGUCCGUCUCUCCCGCGCCGACGCCGGCCGAGCGCACCAACGGCCACGGCCGGGCCGACGCGCGGCGGCGGCGGGCGCAGGAGGCGCUGCGGAUCCGCGACCCGUCCCAGCUGGUGGUGGGCGUGCCGGCCGUCAUCGCCACGCAGUGGCGCCACGAGCCGCACCACCUGGUCAACUCCAGCAUACAGUACAUCGCCGAGUACCUGGGCUCCACCCUGGUGAAGGAGGUGCGCGGCACCGAGUCCACCCGCAAGAGCAUCCAGAAGCUGAAGAAGACCAGCACGCAGAUGCGCAAGGUGCCGCGCAUCGUGCUCUCGAUCUCACACGCCGGCGUGCGCUUUCUGGACGCCCAGACGCAGAAGCCGGUCUGCGAGCACGAGAUCCGCAACAUCCACUGCGCGUGCCAGGACGCGGACGACCUCUCCCACUUCGCCUACAUCACCAAGGACCUGGACUCGCGCUGCCACUACUGCCACGUGUUCCGGGUGCAGAGCAUGGACCUGGCGACCGAGAUCAUCCUGACGCUGGGACAGGCGUUCGAGGUGGCGUACCAGCUGGCCAUCCGUGAGCGGGAGCUGCUCAACCAGUCGGACGACUCCAAGCUGGCGCUGACCGGCCACCAGCGCUCGCAGUCGGCCAGUCAGAUCGCCCGGCCGGCGGCAGCCGCGCAUGCGCGCAGCAGCUCGGCCAAUCAGAUCACGGCGUCGGCGCCGCGGCCGCCGGACGAGCGCCCGCCGCCGCUGGCCGACUGACCCACGCUGACGGAGAUUGGUACCUUUUAGUGACAUCUAGCGGUUGCGGGGCCAAGCAUAAGUUGAUGUGCCAACCGCUGGUGGCGCUAGUUCGCUGGUGGGGCACAGGUUUCGAGCUGAACAUGCUAGUCAUCCAGUCACCUGUACAAAUGGACCAGUCGCGCGAUCGGUGGGGUGGUAGAGCUAGCGACGCAAGGCCGUCGCCCCAUGCGUUGGCGGCCGCGGGGCCGGCCGGCCGGCCGACAUGGCCCGUGUUACUGGAGAUGCUCGCUGUUAUUCCGUAUGAUUUAGCCGCUGUGAACCAAAGAUGCAUGCUGCUCAAGGAGGCGCCGGCGGCGGCGCUCGCCCCCGCGCCCGGGCCGGCCGGCGGCUCAGCCGGAGAAUCUCCCCUGACGGAGCAAUAGAGUGCGGCCGUGGCGGCGCGGGCUGGGCCGCCUUCCUCCCCCACACUGGCAGGGCAGAGCCCCGCUGGGGCGGCAGAGCCCCGCCAGCGCGGCAGCCGACCGUCGCUCCGGCCGAAGCGUGGUCCGCCUGCUUCCCUUGAGUUCCGCGAUGUUUUUCGAGGCAAUGUGUCGUUCAUGGCUGGCCGCAUCGGCGAUGUUGUGGCGCGUGGCGCGUUUUAAGCGGGACAUGGACAAGAGGCGUGCGCCAGAGGCUUUGUCGCCGGACGUUUGGCCGGGACAUGCUAUGGCUGGCGUGUCGGGCGCUGCCGGCUAGGCCCCGACCAGUGUUGUUGAUCGUCUACCAUUCCAGCGUUAAUAUUUCUUUAAACAUAUAUGCAUAUAUGAUAACGUUCGCUUCAAGUCCAAUAAAUACCUGUGAUGAGA